CUCAUUUCCAGGGGGCCGGUAGCAGACUGACAUCCUUCUUCUCCUGCGGGGCUGGAAGAGGCCACAGAGGGCAUUCAGAAGUGGGGCAUAAGUCCACAUUGCCUCCGAUGCUAGGACUGAGAAUCCAGCUUUGUAAGAGAAAACGUCACUUCAGCCCCAGCACCACAGUGCAGCGUCCAAUCCAGAGGCCCCAGGAAGGCAACUCUCCUACUUCCCUCUACCAUGGAGUACUUCUCAUCCCUGAACCCCAAUGGCCUGCUCAGGGCUGUAUCCAAUAUGAGCUCUGAGCUUGGCCGAAGGGUAUGGACUUCAGCCCCACCGCCUCAGAGACCCUUCCGUGUCUGUGACCAUAAGCGGACAAUUAGGAAAGGUCUGACAGCUGCCACCCGCCAGGAACUGCUAGAUAAGGCACUAAAGACCCUGCUGCUGCAUGGAGCAUUAACACUGGUACUAGAAGAGGAUGGGACGUCUGUGGAGAGUGAGGACUUCUUCCAGAUGCUGGAGGAUGACACAUGCCUGAUGGUGCUGGAGUUGGGACAGAGCUGGAGCCCCACCAGGAGUGGGGUGCUGUCAUAUGGCCUGGGCCGGGAGAAGCCGAAGCACAGCAAAGAUAUCGCCCGCAUUACCUUUGACGUGUACAAGCAAAAUCCUCGAGACCUCUUUGGCAGCCUGAAUGUCAAAGCCACAUUCUACGGGCUCUACUCCAUGAGCUGUGACUUUCAAGGAGUUGGCCCCAAAAAAGUACUCAGGGAGCUCCUUCGUUGGAUCUCCUCACUGCUGCAAGGCCUGGGCCAUGUGCUCCUGGGAAUUUCCUCCACCCUUCGCCAUGUAGUGGAGGGAACAGAGCAGUGGCAGCGGCAGGGUCGUCUCCAUUACUGAGAAGGUACUCUGCACUUCUGCCCCCAGACUUGUUUCAUGAGACAAUGCUGAAAAGACUACAACAGCAUCAGGUUUCAGGCCCUAUGGACAGUGUAACCUGGACAACUCACCUGCUUUCCCCACUAUCCUCCACCCCUAUAUCAAGACAAAACUCAUGAGCUGUUCUAACAUCUUGUUCUUUUAGCUUAUAUCCUUUCCUGAAGAAUGCUGCCCUGCUCUACCCACAUUUCCAGUCUCCCACUUACCCUAAAGGCCACAAGCCUGUCCCCAGGCAUCUUGAUCUCAACCUGAUUGCUGCUACACUGAGAUACUUACUGACUCCCUAAGCUCUAGCACACUGAUGAAAGCCUUCUCUUAUUUUACUUGAAAUCUCUAACUUUCCUUUAAAAAAAAAUAACAAAAAUAUUUCCAGUAAAAAUAUAAAAAUGUUUACCAAGAA